AUGAACUCAAGCUUCUUCUACAUGAAAUCGACCCCCAAAGUUUCUUGCGACCAAGAAGAUUUCAGGAUGUUUGUAUCGAAAUCCGCCUAUAAACGAGGCAGAUCAAAGUUCCCGUUGCAAACUUCGCAACUUGGACCACCACCACAAAAGGGUCCACCAAUUGAGGUGCCAGCCGCCUCGAAAACGAGGUCGCCCUACUCAAUUGCACAAAUGGCUGCGAUUAAGGCCAUGAAGGACCCAGAGGUAUCAUCAUCUAAGCGGCCGGCCAACUUACACGCAAGUUUGAAGUCGCACGAUAAUACAAAACGAGCAGAAGCCGCCGCCGUAACUACCAGGCCCCGCCCUAUCUUUUUCGAGCCUGUUGACACAAAGUCGAUGAAGAGGCUCGUCGCGAAGCAGAAAGAGGUCUACAGGAAGACAUUUAUGAAGCCCGUGGCAAAUGAGCAGGAAACGAAGCCGGACAGACUUUCUAAACCUGCUCAGGAACCACCUUUCGAGCGCCAUGGUAAAGUGAAGGAGAAAGCGAGACCAGGAAACUCCAAGACAAAGGAUCUGGCCAAACCUCACUACACCAGGUAUAAUAUCUUGCCUGAGACAGAUUUGGCUGCAAAAUCCUGCAUGCAGCCCCAGGCUCCCCCACGCAUGGUCGACGCACCGAACAAACUCGUCGCCCUGUAUGCCUGCAAGAGAGCUGCAUCAAGCAAAGACAAUCGCUUGCUAGUGUUGGGAGAUCAGCUUCACCAUCAUGAUUGCAAGACCUCCUUUCACUACUUUAUGCAUAUCAACAAACUUCAAUACCCAAGCUCUUUCAAUCCCUACCACAAUUGCUGUGGAGAGCUUGUGCCUAUUGGUAAAGACUCUCCAGAAAUGAUUGAAAGGGAGUCGAGGAAUGUGGCUAUGCUUAAGGAGGAGUACCACUCUCCCUCAAAGUAUGACGACAGAAACCCCUUCGAGAACUCUAAACUCUUCUUGCAAGCUAAGUCUGUUGCUGAUGUCAGAUCUCUGACUACGGCCAAUGCUUGUACAGUUGUUUCAGAGCCUGUUGCGAAGGCCGUUGUAGAGCCAAAGGUUGCUUCCACGCCGCUUUUGCCUUACCAGUCUAGCAGCUGCUCUUCUUCUUGCUCAGACUUUUACAGCAACCCUUGGACAGACUCUGCCUCUGUCUUCUCUGACUACUCCGACCCAAGCUAUAACCCUUGGGCUGAUGACAACUAUUCACCCAACAACCUCUCGUGUUUGUCUCUAAACCAGACUUUCACACCAUGCUCUACUCCUCCACGUGAGCCCGAUGCUGUCUUUGAAGUCAAAAAGGUUACCCUCGAGCCUUUGUUUGAUGUAAAUGAUGCGUUGGCCUAUCACGAGAAGGAUAUCGAGGAACUCGAAGUUCAUCCUUCGAAGUCUCAGCCUGAGACUAAGCCCAAGCCAGCUGACCUGGAAGAGGCCAGCCAAUCGCCUCCCUUGAAGAAGGCCUCUCUUGUUAAAUUGAUCAGUCUGCAACUUGAAGACACCUUCAAUGUGCCGUUCAAGAGGACAGAGAUUCAUACCGACUCUGCGCAGAUCCAGAUCAAGAGCAAGAUUCAGAAGUUGAACAGCUUCUUCUCGGAGAUGGGUGCUUUCACGACUGUGCCACAAAAGAAGCCUGCUGGCAAGACACUUAUCAAUGCAUAG